AUGCUGGUGGAUGAUUCAAUGAAGAUUCCAGUCAUCUGCCAGAAAGGACUUACCUACCGUGUUACAUGUCCACCCUCAAGUGCAUCGAUGAGGUCCAAAGAACCAGUGGAGGGGGAUGCAGCCAACGAGGCCAUUGAUGUUGAUGCAGACAGGGGCCUCUCAGAUGGCAUGAUGGGCAUCCCCCCCGAGUCGAUGGUCGACAGCGAGAGAGAUGGUUUGGGAGUUGGCGAGUGGGAAGACAAAGGAGAAGAUGGCGAAGACUUCGUGAUGGAACAGAACCAAACUGAUGAUGAAGAAGCUGUGCUGCCUUCUGUAAAAGGCAAACAGGUCGCAAAGGCCAAAAAGAACAAGGCACCACCUCGUGGAACAUUUCGACAAGACAUUCAGGAACUCCACCAGAAUCCAGCCAUUGCUGGUGCUGUCGUAUCAACAAACAAACGCAAGGAUGUUGCAACAGUUGAGGACACACUGAGGGGACUGAACUAG